UAUAAUUGUGGCUCCGGCGAGGGAUCUCGUCCCGGAGGAGAUUGCGAUCCAGUCCCGGAGCCGGAACGGAUCAGGAUCCAGUCCCGGAGCAGAUUGUGAUCCAGUCCCGGAGCAGAUCGGGAUCAAGAUCCGCAGAUUGCGAUCUAGUCCCGGAGCAGAUCAGGAUCCAUUUGCGGAGCUUGAUCGGAUUAGGAUCCAGUCCGGGAGGCGGAGCUGAUCGCGAUCCGGAGGAGGAGGUGAUCGGGUUCUCGUCUCGGGGUACGUCGGGUUCUAGCCCCGGAGCCGGAGCAGAUCGGGAUCCAGUCUCGGAACCGGAGCCGAUCGAGAUCCAGUCCCGCAGCCGGAGCUGAUCGGAAUCCAGUCCCGGAGCGGGACCCAGGAUGUUGCCACUGCUGGACCAGGUGGCCCUGGGCCGAGGCUCUAUCCGGGCCUACCUGUGGUGCUUCGUCAUUGCCCUGGUCUUGACUGCCAUUGUCAAGGGCGCACUCCAUGCCUUCGACCUGCUGAGGCAUUUCCGGGACAACACCAGGAGGCUGAGGUGUUUUGAAAGCCCCCCAAGAAGGAGCUGGCUGAUGGGGCACCUGGGAAUGAUCCGCAGUACAGAGGAGGGUCUUAACCUGGUUAAUGACAUCGUCAAACGCUAUGUAUACUGCUCCCUUACGUGGUUCGGACCCAUCUACCCAAUUGUGAGGCUUUUCCAUCCGGCAUAUGUCAAGUGUGUCCUUUUGGCAUCAGCUCCCAUUGCCCCAAAGGACAAACUUUUCUACGGUUUCCUCAGGCCUUGGUUGGGUGAUGGCCUGCUGAUCAGUAAAGGAGAGCGAUGGGCUCGGCACAGACGCCUCCUAACACCUGCCUUUCACUUCGACAUCUUAAAACCCUACGUCAAAAUCUUCAACCAGUCAGCCAGCAUCCUGCAUGAGAAAUGGGACCGGCUGAUAUCGGAGGGAGUGACCUCACUGGAGAUGUUUGAGCACAUCAGCCUGAUGACCUUGGACAGCCUCCUGAAAUGUACCUUCAGUUACGACAGUAAUUGUCAACUAAAGUCCAGUGACUACAUCGCUGCUAUCUACGAACUGAGCACACUGGUGGUGAAAAGGGAGCGUUAUUUACCACACCACAUCGACUUCAUUUACAAGCUGUCGGCCAAUGGCAAGCGGUUUGCCAGGGCGUGUGAUCUGGUGCACUCCUAUUCGCUGGAUGUCGUGCAGCGACGUCGGGAGAUCCUGAGGGAGCAGGGGGCAGACACCUGGCUCCAGUCCAAACAAGGCAAAGUGACCGACUUCCUGGACAUCCUGCUGCUGUCAAAGGAUGAGGAUGGCAAUGGCCUAUCAGAUGAGGAGAUCCAGUCAGAGGCUGACACUUUCAUGUUUGAGGGACAUGACACGACGGCCAGUGGGAUAUCGUGGGUGUUAUAUAACCUUGCCAGGCAUCCGGAAUAUCAGAGGAAGUGUCGAGAGGAGAUUGAGGAACUGCUGAAGACAAAAGAUGGUGAAGAGCUGGAGUGGGACGAUCUCUCCCAGAUGCCCUUCACCACCAUGUGUAUUAAGGAGAGCCUGCGGCUACACCCAGCGGUUACCACUGUGGCCCGGUGCUGCACUGAGGAUAUCCAGCUUCCCGAUGGCAGGGUGAUCCCGAAAGGGAAUACCUGUCUGAUCAGCAUCUAUGGAACUCACCACAACCCUGCAGUCUGGCCUGAUCCUGAGGUUUAUAACCCGUAUCGCUUCGAUUCCACAGACGCAGCCAAGAGAGCGUCACAUGCCUACAUCCCCUUCUCAGCAGGCCCGAGGAAUUGCAUUGGACAGAACUUUGCCCUGUCAGAGAUGAAGGUGGCCGUGGCUCUGACUCUGCACCGCUACAGGUUAUCACUGGACACAUCGCAGGAGGUACGCAGGAAACCCGAGCUGAUUCUCAGAACCGAGAGGGGGAUCUGGCUGGUACUGGAACGGCUGCCAGGAACACAGCCGAGCGCUGAAUGAGGGGGGCGAAGGUCGAAAACCAGAGAGGAAAUUUCAACUUAACUUUCAAUUGCCGUGGCCUACAGCUUUUUUUGUACUUACUGCUACAUGAAAAAAAAUUCCCAAGCUAUGACGCUCAAUAAAAAAACACAUGUUGCAACCUAUAAAAUCAA